UUCGCCGCCAUACUGAUUUCAACCCGAGACGAGUUCGGUUGUGUUUCGCGCGAUAUUUUCUGUGUGUCUCCUCAGCUCCCAGCUACAUACUACUUUUUUUUUUCUUCUCUUUUUGUAUGCGGUGUAGUGUAUACGAUAUAAAGCCAUUGCAACAAAGUAGUGUGAGUGUAUUAUAAGAAAAAAAAGUUGCACUCGUCGUUCUUCGUUGAAAAAGAAAAAAAAGAAAGAAAAGAUGAAAUUUUCUUUUGAGAAAAAACUAAUAAAUAAAUUAUUUUGAUGUAUGUUUUUCAUUGCCAUUGUGAUUGAUUAAAGUUAAAUUAACUUUGAAAAUAAAUUUUAGUUUAAAAAGUGCCGAAUUGAUGUCAGCAAAUUAAGGUCGAAGUGGUGCCGAUUUGCCUACUAAAAACAUAUCUGCAUACUUAUCACUACACUUUUUGGCAGAAGUUUCUUUUUAAUAAAAAUUAAUCUUAUUUGAAGAUUUUAAUAAUUUGAAAAGAAAGCAUAAUGAGCAAAGACGAACUUGAUUUCGAUCCCAGCAUCCCUGAGGACGAACGAAGAUUUUACCUAAAAGCUUAUCCCAAUGUUAAUCAUGUACGUGAGCGUAAAGUUCAUUGUACAAUAUGCAAAAUGCAUAUUGGCACUGCUCCAUCCAACGAGAGUAUUAUUCGCAUGCACCCAAUUCUGCGAGUGACUCAUUGUAAAAAAUGUCAUGAAUUCUACAACAGUGGGGAGUUCAGCAAAGGCGAAGAUGGCAGCGAAUUGUAUUGCCGUUGGUGUGGACAAGGUGGCGAAGUCUACUGCUGUUCAAAUUGCCCAUAUGUAUUCUGCAAGUCUUGUAUUAUCUCGAAUUUAUCGCGCGGAGUAGUAGCCGAUAUCGAACAAAAUGAAAACUGGAGCUGUUUUAAUUGUGCACCGAAAAUGUUGUGGCCUCUUAGAGCACAACAUUGGGCUUUAAUUAAAUUUAUUGAUAAGCAAAAGAAGGCAAUUCUGAGUUCUAACCUAACUGAUUCAGAAAUAAAGAUUCAAAUGACAAAAGACCGUAGCUUAUGCUGUAAAAUUAAAAAAGUCGGUGGCGGCUAUGGAACAGAUUCAUCAGACUCAAGUGACAUUUCACUGUCGCGUCUGAAAAAGAAGGCUGGCGAUAAGCGAAGCCGAAAAUCACUAUCGAAAGAAGAUCUCACUGGUGGAGCUUCUCCCGCGCAAGCUAAAAAAUUAAAAAACAAUGACAAUGACGUUGUUUGCACUCCAGACGUUUUGAGCAUGCUAGAACCGGAAUGUACAUUAACAGUGCCAGCAAAGUCUCCCGCAAACGCACAGCCUUCAACUCCGACUCCAAAAAUAAUGUCUAUCCAGGCGGCUCCUCCAAAGAGACCCACUCCUACUCCCCCAUUAAUUUUACGAAAUGUUCAGCAACCGCUUUUGCGACCCGCACCACCUACUCAAGUCUUGAAAAAAACUGUCGUUGGACCACGAAUGCCUGCGGGUGGUCAAAGUUCAGAUUUCACUACUCCGGUGUACCACACUAUCAAUGGCUACCGCAUUGAUUUGAAUUCUGCGGCACAGCAAGAAACAGUACGAUUGCCUAAUGGCAAACUAAUUCAAGUGAAACGACAAGGAACUGGACCCCAACAAGUGACAACUGUUCAAAAUGCUCCAAAUCAACAUUCCACGCCAACCAGAGUAAUUCAUAACAUAGCAACUCCAUCUGUUUCACCCAUUACAAGUGGUCCAUCUCAACAAGUUGUACACUCGAGUGGCGGGCAUAUAAUUCGCGCACAGUUGCAAGCUCCUCGUCCAGUUGUUAUGCCAACUAUGCAAAAUAAUAGCCUGGGUUCUCAAUACCAACAGCAGCUACAACAACAACAACAGCAACAACAACCAACACAGCCUCAUUACCAGCAAAUAACAAUACGCCAGCCACAAAUAGCCACAAUUCGUUAUCAAGGCAAUACAGCUCCGCAAAUGUCAAAUAUGAUUCCAAACGGAACUAUGCAGAUUUUGAAUGGCACUCAAGUGACAACUACUGGUAGCGGACAACAAUUGCCUUCUAUUCGACCAGUACCAACUUUCAUUAAGCAAUUGUUCCCAAAUACUCCAUUGGGUCAAUCGCGUACUCAAUUGCAAAAUCAAAUAUUUAAUGCAAUGGAAAUUUGUCAACAUUUAAUGGGCAAAUUGCAGACACUUACCAAUUCGAAUGCUUAUAAGACAGCUAAAAGUAUGACCGAUGUAAAGGAAUUGUAUAUUCACCUUUCAUACUUGCUAACAUAUGCAAUUGGAAGAUUUAAGGGCUUGCAAGAUAAUUGUUUAGCUGAUAUGAGAGAUCUUGGAUUUACAAAUGAUGCGAAUAGUUUGGAAAAUGGUCAACUUGCUGCAGAAAAACAAGCCAGCGAUGCUGAAGAAGAUGAAAUUACAAUUGUCGAACCCAAAACAGAUACAAUCAAUCUAGAUUCUGAUAAUGAAGAUGAUCUACCAUCGCCACCGCCUAAAAAGCCCAACGGAAACGGCCCAAUGCAAUCGGCUGUUAGAAAUAAUAAUUCUCAUAUUGCGUCGCAACAACCUGCCAAUCAGGUUAAUCAGUCAAAUAUGAGCAUGGCUGAACAACAUGUCACUCCAACAACAACAACCAAUGAAGAUGAUGAAAUCACAGCUGAAUAUGAUUUCUCAAAGGUUGCAAGUCUGCUAGCUGGUAUGUUGGAAGUCGAACUUACCGAAGGCGGUACUGAGUGUGUCCAACAGCCGAAAAAACCACGCAAAAAGACCACACACAAACCGAAUCCAACAUUAGUUAAACAAAAGGAAAUGCAAGAACGUGAACGUUUGGAAAACAUCAAAAAGAAUUGUAUCAAAUUGAAGAUGGAAGUUGAAAUUCCAUUGAAUAGAGUGGAGGAGAUCUAUCAGUAUGCCAAGCCGAUGUUGGAAGAACUUAAACUGGAAAAAUUGAAAGCGGAAGAAAUGGAAGUUUCGAAAAAAGAAAACGAAAUGAAGAAGAAGGAACUCGAAGAAUUGGGAGAUGAGAAAAUAGAAGGGGAAUCAACAAAAGCAAAUGAUAUUACUCCAGAAACUUGUUCAGAAAAGGAAAACGAGACAGAUGAUAAGGAUGAAUCUGAGGAAGUGGUUGUUGUGCUUGUUGAAGAGUCCGAUAACCCAAAGGAAGAUGAAGAAGCCGAAAAAGCAACACCAACAGAGGCAGACAAAGGCGAAGGGGAUGUGUCUGUUGAGCUAAUCGAUCAGGACGAAACUCCAGAAAGUGAUCGAGAUGCAGUUGAGGAGGAGGAGGAUUCAGUGCACCCAGUUGAGUCGGCUAAGGUAGAUGAAAAGAGUAAAGAAGAAGAAGAAGAUGUCGAUAAAUCAAAGGAAGAUGAAGAAGUAAAUGAAAUCGAGGAUGAAGAGAAAGAAAAAGAGAAAGAAGAAGAGAAAGAUGAAGAGAUGGAUGAAGAUAAAGAGGAAGAUGAAAGUGUAGAAAAAGAGGAAGAUGAAGAAAAGGAGGAAGAUAAAGAGAAAGAGGAUGAAGAAAUAAUUGAAAACGAAGAUGAAGAUAAAACAAAAGAAGAUGAAGAAGAAAAUGAGAACGAAGAUGAAGUUAUUCACAUGAAAGAACCCCAGUUAUUCGCCGAUGAUAUCGACGACGAAGAACUGGAACUUUCAAUAAAUAACGAACUAAAUAAGAGCUCCGAACUGCCAUUAAACACAACCGAAGGUGACCCAAUGGAUAUUGACAUUGAUCCACCUAAAAUCGAUGACAGUGAUAAAGAUAUGAUGGAAGUACUUCAAGUCUCACAAAACGAAGAUGACAAAGAAGUCGAUGAAAAAAAUCUCGAUACAAGUAGUCUCUCGCACAAUUACAAAGAAAUUCUUGGACGGACAGAAGUCGUUUGAAAAAAAAAAUAGUAUACAGAGAAAACGUUUAAAAUUAAAUUAUAAUAAAUAAAAAAAAAUUAUACAUACUUAAGUAAUUAUUUUUCAUAAAAUUAUUUAUUAUUUUUAAAAAAGCAUACAUUUAUUAUGUUUGUUUUGUUUUUUUUUUUAAAUAUAUUAAAUUUUAUUUUUAAAUUUUGAUUAGUUAAGAAACGGAUAGGUUUCCGUUUAUUCUAGAAUGUUAAUUAUUUUAAAUCUAAUAUCUAUUGUGUAAAUAGGAAAAAAAACAUAAUCGUUAAAUAAAUCUUCAGUUAUUUUUGUAUAUUAAAUAUAGGUUAGUGAUGAUCUUAAAAAGAACUAAAUUU